AGUGUACUGAACUCAGGCGUAACUUUAGGGUCCGUCGCCAGCACCUCUUCGUUUGUCACACACACAAUGGCUGAGGAAUGAGCGCCCAGGGGGGCUCCCUAGGGGCUCCAACUUUGGGUGAUCGUCGAUCUCCUUACAUCGGGGGCUACCCAACCGACGUACAGCAACAGCAUCAGCAGCACCAACAGCAUCAGCAACAGUUGCACAACCCACACCACGACUACCAUCGGGGAGCGUUACAAUCGGACGCAACCACCGGUGGCGGUGGCUACCUGGAGAAGCAGCAGCAGCUGUUGCAGCAUCAGCUUCAACAGCAACAGCAGCAGCAGCAACAGCAGCAACAGCAGCAAAAGGGAUAUACAAAGCAAACGCAGCUGGCCUCAGCGGGCGGACCGAAUCAACGAUCGGCACGCGGGGCAGCCGCCAACAACAACAACAACACCACCGGAGGCGGCAGCGGCACUAGCAACACUAGCGCCACCGGUGGCCAGCAAGGUUUCAACGGUCAAAGUAUGGUCGCAGCGGCCGGCGGGCAGCAAGGCAACAUGGACGUCGGAUACAAUGCACAGAUGAGCAACAUGGCGAUGCACUCGCAGUCCCAGUCCUGGAACCAGAUGAGCGGUGGCGGCGCUGGUGGCGGUAUGGGCCAGAUGGGUGGUAUGGGCCAGAUGGGCGCCAUGAACCAGAUGGGCGGUGGAGGCGGCGGUAGCGGUGGUGCCGGUAACGGUGGCAUGGGACCAAUGGGUCAGAUGGUGGGAGGCGGUGUCGUUGGAGCCGGAAUGGCCGGGAUGGGCGCGAUGAACGCCAUGAACGGUAUGGGCCCGGUGGGCGGCGGUGGUGGUGGUGGGGUCGCGGCCGGCGGUGGCGGAGGCUACGGGCGGCACCACCAGCAGAUGAACCCGAUGGCGCAGAUGAUGAACAUGGGCAUGGGGAUGGGCGGUGGUCAGAUGGGUCCCGGAGCCCCGAACGGGGCGAUGUCACAGAUGGGAGCCGUCGGCGGUGGUACCGCAGGCGGAACGAUGAACCCGCUAAGUCAGAUGAACCAGAUGUCGCCAAUGUCGAAGAUGCAGGGCAUGGCCAACGGGUACGGGCCGGCGCAGCACCCGCGGCGGAUGGCACCCUACCCGAACCCCCAGAUGCAGAUGGCCCACAAGCGCUCGAUGUACGGGAUGGGCCAGGGUCAGGGGAUGCCCGGGGCGGGUGCCCAGUUUCCACCACACCAAGCGGCCGCGGCCGCAGCGGCAGCAGCCGCAGCAGCCGCCGGAGUGCCGCUCCCGAUGCAAGCCGCUGCCGGUUACGGCCGGCACGGACCGAUGGGCCCGAUGGGCUACCGAGGUGGACCGCCGAUGAUGCAGCAACGGCAAAAUACCCCUCCGUAUGGCGGUGGUCCCGGUGCCGGUGUCGUUGGACCCGGUCCACUCGGACCGGCCGGUAUUGGGCCGGGUCCGGGCGGUGGCCAUCAGGCUCAGCCACAUCAUCACCAUCACCACCAGCAACAGCACCACCAACAGCACCAACAGCAACAGCAUCAGCAGCAUCACCUCCAGCAGCAACAGCAGCAGCAACAUCAGCAGCAGCAACAACAGCAGCAGCAGCAACAGCAGCAUCAACAACAGCAGCAGUAUUACAACACGGGCUACCAGAACAUGCAGGGCUACCAGCCGGACAUGCGCAUGAACUUCCAGCACAGUCCGGUGCCCGGCAAUCCGACGCCCCCGCUAACACCCGCAUCUUCCAUGACCCCCUACAUCAGUCCCAACCCGGACGUGAAGCCAAACAUACCACAGAGCGAGGAACUACGGUUGACGUUCCCGGUGCGCGACGGCAUCCUGUUGCCGCCGUUCCGGCUCGAGCACAACCUCGCGGUCAGCAACCACGUGUUCCAGCUGAAGUCGACCGUCUACAACACGCUGAUGUGCCGGCCAGACCUGGAGCUGCAGCUGAAGUGUUUCCACCACGAGGACCGCCAGAUGAACACGAACUGGCCGGCCAGUGUGCAGGUGUCGGCCAACUCGACCCCGCUCGAGAUCGACCGGGGCGACAACAAGAACACGCACCGGCCGCUCUACCUGAAGCAGGUCUGUCAGCCGGGCCGGAACACGAUCCAGAUCACCGUCAGUACGUGCUGUUGCUCCCAUCUGUUCGUGCUGCAGCUCGUCCACCGACCGUCGGUGAACCACGUGUUGCACACGCUCCUGAAGCGCAACCUACUGUCCGCCGAGCAGGCGGUGGCCAAAAUCAAGCGCAACUUUGCCGUCAACAACCACAACGCGGCGGCCGCGAACCCGGGCCCGGGCGCUUCGGACAAGGCGUCCGACCCGCUGACCGGCGAACCGCAGGCCAACUCAGCUAAGGUUUCCCUCAAGUGUACGGUGACCUCGAAGAGGAUAACGCUGCCGGCACGCGGUCACGACUGCAAGCACAUCCAAUGCUUCGAUCUGGAGGCGUAUCUGGCUCUGAACUGCGAGCGUGGCAACUGGCGGUGUCCCGUGUGCAAUAAACCUGCCCUGACGGAGGGGCUCGAGAUUGACCAGUACAUGUGGGCGAUACUGAACACACUCAACUCCUCCAACACCCAGAACGGGAUGGACACCGAGGAGGUGAUCAUCGAUGCCCAGGCGAACUGGCGCGCGAUCAAACCUCCCGGUUGCGUCGGCAAUCCCAACAUUGGUGGCAAUCUCAACCCGCAGCAAACGCAACAGCAGUCACAGCAGCAGCAGCAGCAGCAGCAGCAACAUCCACAGCAGCUACAACAACCUCCCCAAGCACAGAACCCGAAUGAGGCCGGACCAGGCCGCAGUGGUGGUGGUCCCGGCACGCCCGGUCUGCCGGUCAUCAAGCCGGAUCCGGACGGUGACGCGAAGCACUUCAACAAGGUGAUGUCGCCCGGUUCAACCUCGCUCCCCACGUGGGACAACAUGAACGCGAUGAGCCCGUACAUGAGCCCGGACAUGAGCUCGAUCGCCAGUGGCAGCAUGAUGGGCGCGAACUACAAUCGAACACCGCAGUACGAUUCGUACGGCAAUCCGAUCAUGGUGAAGCAGGAAGCCGGAACGGCCAGUAGCCAGGGCCCGGGUAGUGUUGGUAAUGGGAACAACGGGCCCGGCACACCAGGCAUGACUGACUUCCACGGGGGCAACCCGUUGGCCCAUCUGAGCGAUUCCGUCAACUCGCUCGAUCCGCUGAACGCGAUGGAAAAGUCACUAAACGAUCAGAUGCCACAUACCCCGCACACUCCGCACACACCGGGCGGCGGCAAUUCGUCCGGCCACCCGAUGACCCCGGGCGGCCCGCCGAGUGUACCGCCGGCCAACGAAAACCCUCAGCAACCGACACCGAACAACGGUGCCGGUGGCAACAACAACGGUGGCAGUAGCGGUAGCGUUACCAAUCCCGGCCAGGCCAGCAGUAGCGGUAACAGCUCCAGCGGCCAGAUGAGCCACAGCCCCGGGAAUGGGAUGCAGCUACACUCGCCGCAACAGCAGCAGCAGCAACAGCAUCCCGGUCUCGGUCUCGGGCCGAACAAUCCGGCGGCGAACAUCAUGAACUCCCCGCAGAGUCUUAUGAACUCACCACAGAACAUGAUGAACUCCCCGCAGAGCAUGAUGCAGCAGCAGCAGCAGCAAAAUCUCCUCUCGCUCGGCUCGAUGAUGGGCCAGCAGCAGGGUCACGCGAACGCCCUGGCCGGGCUGACCGAUGUCGAUCUGCCGGCGGAUCUCAACUUCGACCCGGCCGCCGUCAUCGAGGGUGAAGGAGGCAACGACCUAAACCUGCUACCCGACAACGGGAUCGUCGAUCCGAUGGAACUACUCUCCUACCUGGACCCACCCGACCUGAACACGCCACCGUCGAGCGGUUCCAGCAACAACGCCAACAGCGACGACAUCCUGGCCGCCCUGUUCGACUAAACCGACGAAUCCGACGGCCUAUGAAGGGGCGUAUUUGAUGACCACAAACACUCGCUAAAACCACACACACACACGGCGCAUAUUACACACAAACACACAAAGGCAAAGCAUUAGUUUGUAGCUCCAGAGAGAAGGGGGCUUGUAGAGCAGAAGGGCAUUUUUGGCGCACUCUCGAUCACCGCCACCGCCACUGUGACGGCAGCACGGCAGCGUUCGUUCGGUUCCGGAUUCGGGCUCACUCCGCGCGGUCUCAGAUUCCUAGGCAGAGCUUUAUCGAGCUUUCGUUGUUCCUUUCGUGUUAGGCUUUUAUUUUGCGGGUCUGUCCGGUCGAUCCGUGCCAGAGCGUCCGUCACACGGGUCAACUCCUCGCAACUCCUCAUACGCCACAGUCGUGACCCGCACGGUUGGUGUUUCCUCUAUAGAACCCUUUACGGUGGCCUCCCCGAUGGCACGACGGUGGUAGUUAACUAGUAUUGGCCACCUCUCUCUCAACCAGCGAAAGCUAACUAAUGGAGACCGGAAGCGCACAGGCGGUGGUGGCGAGUGUGUGACGAUCGAAACACGUUGUACAGUUAAACUAAUUAGAGUGGACACGCGUGCUGGUCGGCAGCGGACGGCAGCGCUCUCCGUGUCGCCCCGGGGCCCGUAUGUAAGAAUUAUUUAUUUCCUAGGCGACGUUUAUUUUUGUACGUUUAUUUUUCCCUUCUAUUUUAUAUUUUGCGACAAAUUAUUUAUUUUUAUUCUUCGUAGCCCUUAGCCUUCUUCUCUUGUGAAUAUCUGAGUUCUGCUUCGUACCCCCCGUCUGUUGCGCUCUGUUUUAUAGAGAAAGAAAAAGAGAGAGAGAGAAAGAAGGUUUAGAAUGUGUGCAUGAUGUGUGGAAGGAAGGUGCGAUGGCAUUACCUGUAAAAAGUGAAUUGUAAAAUGUUUAUUUAGAAAGGUCUUAGAUUGUUUAUUGCUAAGCUUAAGUCUCUAACACAACACAUACGCCUGCGUGCGUGUAGAGGAAGCAGAAAGCGGAGGAUAACGGGGAUUAAAGUAAGAGAAAAGGAAACUAAAAACCUAAAAACACACACACACACACAAACACAACGACACGGACACAAACAACACCGACACACACACACACAAACACACAAGAAACAGGCCCAAAAAAAUUGAUGAAAUAUGUUACAUUUAAUGAUACUAAAUUUUAAAUACAACCAAACAAAAAACAAAUGCAACAAAAAACAAAUUUAAUCAAAAGUGUACAAAUACGAAGGUAACAACAGUACUAUAGUAAACGAAAUU